AUGAGUGAUAGAAGAAGAAUAUUAGGACCGGUGAACUUUAUAACUCCAAAUAUACCGAGACAUGUUCGAGAUGAAACGACUAUUACUAGCGCCUCCUCCUCCUCCUCCUCCUCUUCCUCAUCAUCAUCGGUAGCACCCGUUACAUCACAAAUUCCCCAAUUUUUUGUUACACAUUCUAUAAUUGAAAACUCCAAUGGUUCAGCAUAUUUGGAAAUAGAAAACACUAUAAUAGAAGUGAGUAUUUUUGGUCCUAGGCCCAUACGUGGCUCCUUUAUAGACAAGGCAGCUGUGAGUGUAGAGACCAAGUUUCUAUCACACGUUGCACAACCAUGUAGCGAGAUAUUCAAUGAACCAAAACAAGCGUCACAGGGAAUGUCAAAUAUAGAACACAGACUUAGUUCGUAUUUGGAGAACUGUGUAUUGCCUAGUAUAAUUUUGGAAAAGUAUCCCAAAUCAACAAUAGAUAUUCAAGUGAGUAUUAUAUCGCUUGAUCCUCAAGCAGUUAAGGGAGAAAGUGGAUUGCUUUGGUUAAUGCAAUGGAUCGUCAUUUGUGCAAGCAUGGCCUUGGUUGACACGGGGAUAGAAAUACGAGAUAUUGUUAGCAGUGGAUGUAUGAAAUUAACCAAAACGGGCAAGUUCUUAGUUGGCGGGAACUUGGAUGGAGUUGAAGGUAUUUCUGCACUCUUUAGUUUCAUGAAUAUGAAAAAUGAUGAGAUUGUAGGUAUUUGGUUAGAGGAGACUGGCGAUAUCGAAUUGACUGAGCUGGAAAUGGCUACCUUGGUUGAUGAAUGUUGCAGAAUAUCGAAAUUCAUUAGAGCUAAUUUAAAUUCAUAUUUGAUUCAAACUUACAGCUAA